CUUUAAAGAGAGAGAAGAUUCAAAGAGGCAUGAGAGAUUCAAGAAGAGCAUCUUCAGACAUGAGUGCUUGGUGUUCUGCUGUUGUGUUGUUGUCUUUGAUACUUUUGUUAUCAGUUCGUGAGAACAACGCUUCUGAUUCUCUCAGAGGGUCUCAGUUCUCAGAGAAACCUUGCGAAGAGAUUUACGUCGUGGGAGAAGGAGAAACGCUUCACACCAUCGGCGAUAAAUGCGGCGACCCUUUUAUAGUUGAGAGAAACCCGCAUAUCCAUGACCCGGAUGACGUCUUCCCGGGUCUUGUUCUCAGGAUCGCACCUUUUUACUUCUCUAGGAAAGUGAAACAUAUAUAAAAAUGUUAGUUGUUUCUUUUAAUUUUGUAUGCGUGCAUGUAUAUAUAUAUAUAUAUACUAUAUGAAUUCCAAAACAAAUGCAGAAGAAACAGAGUCAAAAAC